GCAGUUCUAUUUCAAUUGGUUCCAGAAGCUCCAUCCGGACUCGGUGCCCGAGUCGCAGUGGCAGGACUUGGUUAUGUACCACGUCGAGCCGUACUUCGAAGGAAGGGAGCAUCAAAUCGAAAUUGUUCUUGAUGAGAGCCACGGCGAGCACACCUUGAUCGCCGACACCGGAGACCUGAUCAAGCACGAGGAGAUCCUGACCAUGUUCGUGACACCAGGCUCCUUCGAGGUGCCAAAGGAGUGGACCCAUGCGAUCACCAAGAAGCUCCAUGAGCUGGGCUACAAGAACCAGGCGAUCGACCUCGAGUUCAUCUUCACUAAGGAUGGACCGCAGCUGGUUGAGAUCAACAGCCGCUACAGCUACAUGGGCUAUUGGUCGUGGUACACGCAAGUGUCGCAGAAGUGCACGCUCAUGCACCAGCCCGAU